CUGUUUAUGUUUCUCAGCAUCAUCACCACACCCUUCUCAGAAUACAGCAGCAGGACCGGCAGCAGGACCAGCAGCAGCAGCAGCAGCAGCAUGAUGCGAGUCGCCCUGCUUGUUCUGGCUCUCACAGCGGUCAGCAACGGUAUCCUCCCCGAGAUAGUGGACUCGGGCAUCAGUCACAUCUUGGAGGAUAAUUCCGAGCAGGGACAAACGGAGCUGGACCGCAUGUUCGUGGAAGUGGAGCAACUGCCCGAGGAUCCGCAGCAAAAGCCCGAGGAUGCGUUUCACCAACGGAACAACGGGAGUGUCAGUGUCAGCCCUCAUCCAGAUGACCUUCCUCCAAGUCAUCACAAUGAAACUGCUUCUCCUAAAGUGAUUGACAGUGAAUCUGUCCACACCUCAGGAGACCAGGAGACAAACAACAUCACCACAGCCGACCAGUCCAGUGACCUGGGGAACAGUAUUGAUCAUGGAUGUAUCACUGAAGAGGAUUGUGGGAAGGGAAGGUACUGCCUUUAUGACACACACGACUCCAAGUGUCUCCCUUGCAAAGCAAUCGAUGUGCCCUGUACUAAGGAUGGGGAGUGCUGUGGUGACCAGCUGUGCGUGUGGGGUCAGUGCAGUCAAAAUGCAACGAAAGGAGAGGCUGGCAGCACUUGUCAAUAUCAGACUGACUGCAGCCCAGACCUCUGCUGUGCUUUCCAUAAAGCCCUGCUCUUCCCUGUCUGCUCGGCCAAGCCCAUUGAGCGUGAGCGCUGCUUCGGUGCCUCCAACCACCUGGUAGAGCUGUUGUCCUGGGACGUCCAGGAUGAGGGACCCAGGAAACACUGCCCCUGCGCGGGAGAUCUCCACUGCCAGCACCUGGGGCGAGGGUCCAUGUGCCUUAAAGGAGAGGACUCAAGUGAAGAGGACCUGACAGACACUCUAUACUCAGAGAUAGACUAUAUAAUCUAGACACAGCUUGAUUUGAUUCACUUUGCCUUGUAAACAACUAGACUCCAGAGCUUUCUUGCAAACAGUCAUAGCACUUUCUGUUUGCCAGCUUAAUUCAAAGAGGCAAACACAUGGAAAAUGGAUGAGAAUAUAUUUAUUUCAUGUGCUUUAAUUGAGACCUGAGGUUUACAUCCUUAAAGGUUUCAGAAAAUGUAAAUGGAAAAGUCACUCACAGAAAACAGGGAACACUAUAUUUGCAAAGUCCUGUAUUGAUACCAAAUGCUGGUUUCAUGACUAUUUGCUGCAUCUCUGCAUUGUAUUGUAACUUUAGCCUUUAUCUAACACUAACCCUUAGCUAAAUAUUCCAAAAUGCACUGAAUGCAAUAUAGGCACUGAGCACACUCACCUCACCACCUCUGCCCAGUUUGCAGUCUCGCUGCAUUUACUGUGAACUAGGAAAAAAGGAAACCAGAUACAAUCAUGCUUCAUGUAUGGCUAAUAAAGCAGUAUCACAGAUUCACUCUUCUCAACAUUACACCUAUAUUCAUCUACAGGAUGCCAGCACUACCAUGACAGCAGAACAUGUGGGGUUUCUUCUAAAUCCGCAAAGGGUUCUGUCACCAUGUAAAUAGCUGCUGACAGUGACAACAGUUAGUCAUGUUGCCAUCUAGGAAGCUAAUUUGCAUUCUUAUACAUGUCUGAUAAAACCAAAACCAAAGUUUAAGAGUAAAUCUAAUUCUAGCUGCUUGAAUAUCCCAAAGUUGUUUAUAACAAAGCUUUUUUUUUUGCUGUCUGCACUUUCCCUUGUUCUUCCUGAGAAAAUGUCGGGGCAAACCUUGCAGCUUGAUCCUGGCAAUACCUGCUCUGCUGCCAAGAUCCUCGUGUUUAUUGGUUCCACAGAAGUAAUGUUUGUUUUUGCCAAGGCUGAGGCCUCGACAGAUGACAUGUUAUUAUACACAUGACAAGAAGAAACACUGUCCAGCAUGCCAUGUUCUGAUUUAUUCUGUCUGUAUUCUUUGUAUGUAAAUAUAUUUAUUAUGUA